AAAACCCCCAUCCAAGAGCGCUCUAUCAAAACCCAGCUUCCCCAUAACACCCAUCUCAACAAAAUCCCAGAGAACCAGAGGAGUUAAAUCCCAGGACAAAAAAAUGUGGCUGGUGUACGUGUGCGACGCGGAGGAGAAGGAGCUGGGGAGGCAGCAAGCUCCUGGAGCAUGCCCGUACUGCGGAGGCAAAGUGCAGGCGGUGGAUGUCGAGGCUCAGCGGAAGCUUUGCUUUCUGCCCUUGUGCUUCAAGAUCAAGAGGAAGUACUUCUGUACUCUCUGCUCCAGGCGCUUGGUCCUGUACUAUUAGACAACACCAACAACUAUGUAUAAUUAUAUAACUACUACCAGAGACCCAAGAAAUCGUAGCUAGAUUUGUGAUUCUCUCUCUCUCUCUCUCUCUCUGCUAUUUUAGUUUUGAGUACAAUUAUUAAUGGGAUUCAGGAACCAGCUGGGGCUUUUGUUGUACAAAUGACUGUUAGAUGGUUCUUAAUUCGAAUGUCGAAUUGCUAAUGACAAUGACAUGCGAUCUGCUGCUGUUAAAUCUAAUUAUUGAUUGGUUGGAA